GUCUGCAACCCUAUGGUGUAUUUUGAGUUUGGCGGGUUUUGCGUCAUUACGUCGCACGCCACAGCGUGGACCCCGGAAGUGAACGCAAAAACAUUUCAUGCAGGUCCACAUGGAGCACGGCCAGGAUUAGCCAGAUGGCUGCUGGAAUCCUCUGACUGAUGGGUGUGGACGACGAUGUUCCCCAUCCGUGUGAGCGUGUUACUUCAGGAGAAGCGGACCUGCAGCCAGUAGCCGAUCACAAUGGACCCGUCCGACCAGAAGCACUUCACGGUCGUAGACUACGUGAUAUUUGCCGUGUUGCUCGGCGCCUCCAUGUGCAUCGGCCUGUACUAUGCUCUCUCUGGCGGGCGUCAGCGCACCACACAGGAGUUCUUGAUGGCCGACAGGAGCAUGAGCUGUCUUCCCGUGUCCCUGUCGCUCAUCGCGUCAUUCCAGUCCGCUGUGGCAAUCAUUGGGGUGCCGGCAGAAAUCUACAGUCACGGUACUCAGUACUGGUUCAUCGGCUGUGCCUACGCUUUGGGCCUCUUCAUUCCAGCUCACGUCUUUAUUCCAGUGUUGUACAGACUGCAGCUCUCCAGCGCUUACCAGUAUCUUGAGCUGCGCUUCAGCAAAGCAGUGCGCACCUGUGGAACUGUGACCUUUAUCUUUCAGACGGUUGUUUAUAUGGGGAUUUGUGUGUAUACGCCUGCCUUUGCACUUAAUGCAGUUACUGGAUUUGAAUUAUGGGGAGCAGUUUUGGCAACUGGACUAGUUUGCACAUUGUACACAACACUGGGAGGUUUAAAGGCUGUGAUCUGGACAGACGUCUUUCAGACUCUGGUGAUGUUUGCUGGACAGCUGGCUGUGAUUGUGGUGGGAGUUUAUCGGACCGGAGGAGUCUCUGAAGUUUGGACGAAGGUCUGGGAGGGAAAUCGCAUCUCAGGUCUUGACCUAAAUCCCGAUCCGACUGAGAGACACACCUUCUGGACCCUGGCGGUGGGUGGCGUCUUCCUCAUGCUGUCUCUGUACGGCGUCAACCAGGCUCAGGUCCAGCGGUAUCUCAGCGCGCGCACAGAGAAAGAGGCUGUCAGGUCCUGCUACAUGGCAUUCCCCUCCCUGCAGCUGGCUCUGGCUCUGAGCUGUGUGAUGGGGUUGGUCAUGUUUGCACGUUACUGCGGCGACGACCUCACUGACAAACUGGGCUCCUCUUCAAGGGAUGCAAUGGUGAUAUACUUUGUGAUGGACAUGCUGCAAGGUCUGCCUGGACUUCCCGGACUCUUUGUUGCAUGCUUAUUUAGCGCAGCGCUCAGCACCAUCUCCUCUGCUUUUAACUCUUUGGCCACCGUGACCAUGGAAGACCUCAUCAAACCACACUUUCCUGCCAUGUCUGAGGCAAGAGCUACUCUGCUCUCCAAAGUUUUAGCUAUGUCCUAUGGGCUGCUGUGUCUGGCCAUGGCUUACCUCACUCACCUCAUGGGAGAUUCAGUUCUACAGGUAGCUUUAAAAAUAUUUGGGAUGGUUGGCGGUCCAAUUCUUGGUCUGUUCUGUCUCGGGAUGUUCUUCCCUUGGGCCAACUCGAUCGGAGCAGUGGUGGGUCUGGGGGCAGGUCUGGCCACAUCUUUCUGGAUCGGUAUCGGGAGCAUCGCUACUCAUAGCUCCGGGACGCGGCCGCUGCCUUCCAACUGCAUCCCCGUCCUCUUGACGAACAGCGCCACAGCGGCCAUUCAGUCCGCACUCAGGAACACAACCCUGAGCCACCCAUCAGCACUGAAGAGGUUUUACUCUUUGUCCUACAUGUGGUACAGUGCGUUCAACAGCUUCACAGUCAUUAUCAUUGGCCUGAUCAUCAGCUUUGUCACAGGCCCCAUGAAAGAAGAAGAUGUGACACCAGGCACAGUCUAUCCCUUGGUAGGGAAGCUGCUUUGUUUUUUACCUGAGCACCUAAAAAAGAAGCUCUGCUGUGUGACUCCUCUGGGACAGACGCUCUCAUCACAACAAAGUCAGCCUCCAGAGCAGAAAGAAAUCAGUGGAUGGGGCCUCCAACAAGACAGGGGAGCAUCGCCGGGUGAGAUGGAGAGUUUUCUUCCUGACGGUCACACAAGACUUGUAGAACAUGAAACAACCGUGUAAAGUCUUGACCUGUAUGACUGAACACAUCUUUAUCAAAGCCCUUUGAACAGAACAGUUGUUGUUUUUUACUUUGUUAAACUUGUGAUCAUCAAUUUAAUUUAAAAGCGAGGUGGAAGCUAAACUCACUUGUUUGGUUAACACUAUGUUACACAUGCAGUAUUUGAUCCUCAUGGCCACAGAUUCACUUUCACUGUGAAGUUAAAACCAAUCACAAUGUACCUGACUACCUGAUGAUGCUUACUACUGGAUACAUCAUACUGUAUGAACACUUGUAAGGAGUAAUGCAGCAGACCUUAGAGCUGCUUUAAAAAUGUUUUGAUAUGUUUUUUUUAUUUAAUUAAAAUGAAUACAAUUUUGUACUUUUAAAAUUUUUUUUUCUAGAAGCAUCUGUAACUUUGUAAGAUCAUGUUGCUCUCAUCAAUCUAUAAAACUGAAUGUUUUUUGAACUUUUUUUUCAAAACCCA